AGCAUAUCCAAAAAUAAUAUUCUUAAAUGGACAUACUUCACGCCAUUGCAACUAAUAAUUUAUAUUUUUUCAAACUCGCCAAACCCUUUUUUAUAUCCCUCCCCUUCCCUACCUUAAUUACAACUCAUGAAUCCUUAAACAAAAAAAUUAUGGAAAAUUUGCUGUCACCUGUGUUCCCUAUUCUUCUAACCAUGUGCAUUUUCUCUCAGAUUUCACCGUCUUAUGCAUUAACCCAUGACUAUAUUCGCCCACCAGCUCGAGGUCUGGUCUUAUCUCAACACAAACGAUCUGAAUCCGACCCUCAACAGGUGCAUAUAUCCUUAGCGGGUAAAGAUCACAUUAGAGUAUCUUGGAUUACGGAUGAUAAGAAGGUACCAUCUAUUGUAGAAUAUGGAAAAGUACCAGGUGAAUAUAAUGCAAUGGCAACUGGAGAGCAUACCUCAUAUCAUUACUUCUUUUAUAGCUCCAGCAAGAUACACCACGUUAAGAUUGGGCCACUGGAAACAGACACUAUUUAUUAUUACAGAUGUGGAGGUUGUGGUCCAGAAUUUUCAUUCAAGACACCCCCUCCAUCUUUUCCGAUUGAAUUCGCCGUGGUUGGAGACCUUGGACAAACAGAAUGGACAAAUUCAACCCUAGCACAUGUUGGAAGCAAAGACUACGAUGUAUUUUUGUUACCAGGUGAUCUAUCAUAUGCAGAUACCCAGCAACCACUUUGGGAUUCAUUCGGUCGUCUAGUUGAGCCAUACGCCAGCAGCCGCCCAUGGAUGGUGACAGAGGGCAACCAUGAGAUUGAGACUUUCCCCAUUAUUCAACCCCACGGUUUCAAGGCUUACAACGCCCGUUGGCGAAUGCCAUUUGAAGAAAGUGGAUCUUCAUCAAAUUUGUACUAUUCUUUUGAUGUUUCUGGAACUCACAUUAUUAUGUUGGGAUCUUACACAGAUUUUGAUGCUGAUUCAGCUCAGUACAAGUGGCUUCAAGCUGAUUUAUCAAAGAUUGACAGGAAGAAGACACCCUGGGUUAUUGCUCUUUUGCAUGCGCCUUGGUAUAAUACUAAUUCUGCUCAUCAAGGGGAAGGAGAAUCCAUGAGAAAAUCUAUGGAAGACUUGCUGUAUAAGGCACGAGUCGACAUUAUUUUUGCUGGCCAUGUUCAUGCAUAUGAACGAUUUACUAGGAUAUACGAUAACAAAGCUGACCCGUGCGGUCCCAUGUAUAUAACAAUUGGUGAUGGAGGGAACAGAGAAGGACUUGCAUUAAAUUUUAAGGAGCCAGUAUCCCCUCUGUCAAUGUAUCGAGAGUCCAGCUUUGGACAUGGACGGUUGAGGAUAUUAGAUGAAACCCGUGCUCAUUGGUCAUGGCAUCGUAACAAUGAUUCUGACUCUUUUACGGCUGAUGAGAUUUGGUUUGAAAAUUUAAGCACAUCAAAACAAUGUUGGGGAAACACCAAUACCCAACAAUCGUCAUCAAUUGGCAUUAGUGAUGAACUCUAAGCUGCUCUCAAACUGAAACUGUCUAUUUUAGGAGUUACCAUUGGUAUUGGAUUGUAUUACAUGGAUAGCUGAAAAUUUAUGUCAAAAGUUUAAGUUAGAUAUAGUCUUUAAUUUAUGUGUGUAGCAUUUUAUUAUA